GGGAUUAAGUUUUUCUGCCUUCAAGAAAGCACGGCUCUAUCAACCAGUCGGAUAUUUGUUUCACACUCCCUUUCCUGCCUAACAGUUCCACGAGAAUGGGAGUUGGGUCGCUGAUUAGAAACUGUCUUGUUUUUCGUCUGAUUUUUUAUCUUGAACCACUUGCCAAAUGUACAGAUUCCUUUGCUGAAGAAACUUGUGUAUGAAACCUAAAAGAAGACUGAGGACCAUUAGUUCUUUGUUCUGUGAGCCCUUUGCUUCUCAAUUUAAAAAAGGAAAAGUAAUCCCAAACUCUACCUUAGAAAAUGAUUGGAAAUCUGCGGAAAAGACUUGUUUGGAGUGAAACCGAAUAUCAUAAGGAAAUAGACAUGGUUUCCUGUGACCUAAACAGUGAAUCAGAGUUGGGGAGGUUAUUAUCAUCAUCUUCCAGUUAUAAAAGGCCACCAUCAAAUAACGUGGCACCAAACAACAAUCAGGGACACCUGGAAAGGCAUAAUCUCAUUUCAUGCAAGGAAUGGCUUCGAAUUCAUGGACUCAAAACCAAAAAAUUGACUCUGUCGCAGAUUUUAUCUCAGAUUGGAUUCCCACACCAGGAAGAUUAUGUGUCUUCAAUAGGGAGAACUGUGGCUUCCCGAUAUGCAAAUGGUCUAUUUCGUCAAUUCUGUAGAGCAGAAGAUGGCACAGUUUACAGGCUGAUAGCAAAAACUGAGACGAUCUAUCCAUUUCUAAAGCAUUUAAGUGAUGCUGUGGAAUGCUUCAAAGAGAGGAUGACUUGGUUGACCAGUGGAAGCCGGCAAAUUUUUGGUGUAAUCUUGGACAAAUGUAUCACCAUAGUGCUAGAUUUUGGUUCUGUGAAGGAAGAGGAAUUUAGCCUUUGCCAAGAUGCUCUCAUCAUGGUCAUUGAAGAACAGGUGGCUCAUUUGACCAGAUUUAACCUCAUACGAGCUGCUCAGGUGAUGAACAAGUGGCAGUGUGAAUCUGUCUUUGCCAGUGAGAAUGGCAUAAACUCAGCUAUUAAGUGGAUUAAGAAACUGGUGUGCAAGUGUCCUGUGGCUCAUAAUAGUGCUAUCAAUGCUCUACACGAAGCUAAAAAAGAUGACUCCAUUGCAGCCAUUUACUAUUUUGUUGUGGGUGAUGUUCUUGAAAAUUCCAAACCACUUCUCCUUCAGUCAGCAACUGAGAGCUCACAUCCAAUCCAUACAGUGUCCUUCAAUGCCCGAGGAGAAGACACCAUCAAUUUCUUAAAGGAACUGAGUACUUCCACCAAGGGCAGAUUUCAUGCAUUUGCUGCAAGAAUCGAGUCUUUGGGAAUUCAUGAGCCUUCCUCAGGGGAUGGAAACAUUUCUAUUUCUUCAAAUUUAAGGAAAUUGAAAGGAAGAGUACCCCCAGGAGCCGGGGUCAGAGAGGAUGUGUAUCUGAUCUGGAGAGAGCUGGAAGAAGCUCGGAAUACACUGGCACAGAUCCAGAAGGUUGUUGAUGAUUCCACGAAACCUGAAGGUUCAGGAGCCCGCUGUGGAGAGUCCCUAUUUUUAAAAGGAAGUGCCUCCACCGGGAAUCUUCCGACAAAUAUCUCCAAAGAAAGUCAGAAAUUGUUGGAAGAGGCGGCAGAAAGCAAAAAAGAAGAGACAGAAGGAAAUGAAUUGUCAUCAGAACCAUCACUGGAAGACAGACUGGAUUCCAAGAAGUGGCUGCAGAAAUAUGGCUUGAAAGCACAAAAAUUGACUGCGUAUGAUAUCCUUGCUGACUGUUCCUUUCGCCACAUUGAUGGAGUCGUUGACAUAAAAGCUAAACCUGAUAAUGUGUUCCUGCAGACCUGUGCUGAGCCAAAUAAGAAAAAUGUCCAUGCAAAAUACUGUAACAAGUUUGUGCACACUCCCUGGAAGGAUGGGACUAUAGUCCAUGUUUAUGUCACUGCAGACAAAUGCAAGGCUUAUGAAGAGAAGAUGAACAAUGCAUUGGAGCUAAUUGAGAAAAGGAUUAAAUGGCUACAAAGUGGAAGCCAAAGCCUCUUUGGACUGGUGCUUGAAGAUUUCAUCUACAUUCUCAUCGAUACAUCUCAUUCAAUGAAGAGUAAACUGCCCUUGGUGAAAGAAAAGAUUUUUCAGCUGUUAAAGGAGCAGCUGAUAUUCAAAAAAAAAAUCAAUUUUGUCAAGUUUGAUGGUAAGGCUAUUCCUUGGCAAGAGAAACUUGUUGAAGUUAAUGAAGAGAAUUUGAAAAUGGCUAAGGAAUGGGUUAAAAACCUUCAGGUUGGAAGUUCCACCAAUACAUUGGAUGCCCUUAAAACUGCUUUUGCUGAUAGAGAAACAAAAGUAAUCUAUAUCCUGACAGAUGGGAGACCUGAUCAGCCUGCAGAAACAAUUUUUUCUCAAAUCCAACUUCAAAAGAAAAUUCCUAUUCAUACAAUCUCCCUCAAUUACCAUGAUGAAGAUGCCAAUGACUUUUUGAAGAUGCUCUCCUUCAAGACUGGAGGAGAAUUCCAUUACUUACAUUUUGUUUCCCGCGAUCCUUUGGACCCAGCUAUUUACGCGAAUGAACAAUUGAACCUUUUACUGCAUGAAAUUGAAAUGGGACAAAAUCACCUUGAAAGAGUUCAGAACCUUUACACUGAAUCCAUGAUGUUGGACUGGUGGCAUAAUACAGAAAAAGAUGAAGAAACUGAGUAUAAAAAACCCACCUUUGCAGUGAUUUCAAAAACAGAGAAGAUGACAAAUACACCUUUACAGAAACAUACACUAAGAACUGUAUCCCCAGCUGAUAUCGGUUUCUCUAGUCCUUCUGGAAGCCCACCACAAAGUUUUCAGAAGAAGAAAAUACCAUUUGCAGAACCAACAAAAACUAGUCUGCUCAGGAAUUCUUUUAUUGAAAAGAAGAUCAUUGACUUGAAUGCAAAAAAGUACCCUUCUCUUGAACAAAAGGAGCCUUCCAGAAAACGAAGCUCUUCACCCAGUCAUAAAGAAAAGACUGUCACAAUAAGUGAAAAAACAUCAGAAGUGAGGAGUAGAGAUACAAGCCAAGAUUCUCUAGAUCUGACUUCAGAAAACUGGCUGAAGGACAAUGGCUUGGUUGCUAAGCGACUCACCAUAAUGGAUGCCUUAUCCUCUACAGCUAUUCCACAUCGUGCGAAAUAUGUGCCAAUUCUGGGCAAGCAUGUCGUUUCUAAAGUAUAUGAUUCGGUUUUUACAAUGAGACAAGUAGGCAAUGACACAGGGCAGAUGAUCUUAAUUAACCCUCAUGCUAUCAAUUUCAAGAACUAUAGGCACAGAGUGACACAAGCUGUGAAAUCCUAUGAAAGGCGCUUAAAUCUGCUCAUUUGGAAAGCAUUUUCUCCAGAGGAAAGAGAAAAGCUUAAUUUACAUGAGCCAGUUAAAUACUGGGAAAAUAAAGAGGCAAUACAAGAGGCCUUAAAAACCGCCAACUGGCCCAUUUCUUUGGAAGAUGUGUUAUUAUUGGAAAAUGAGAUCCAGGCUGGUAAUAUCUAUAUCCAGCAGGCUAAGGAAAUCCAAGAAGCCACCAGGAAGGAAAACUAUCGUGGGGACCACUUACUUGAGAAAUCACAACAAAGCCAAGGAAAGAAAUUCAAAAACAAAAGAGUCGAUCCUCUCAAAGGCCAGAAAGUUAUUGCAAGAUCAGAGGAAAAUGGCUUUUACUUUCCAGGCACUGUGGUAAAAUGUGUUAGCCCCACACAUGCACUUGUGCAGUUCAAAUAUGGAGAUGCUCAAGCUGUGCCCAUUGUAUUCAUUACGCCUAUGGGAGGUACCUUGCCUUGUCCAGUUCUACAGGUUGGAGACUAUGUAUUUGCCAAAAUUGUGAUACGAAAAGGAUAUGAUUUCUAUGUUCCAGCUAUUAUUACAGCAAUACCUGGUGAACAUGAGCCAUGUGACAGAUUCUAUACUGUUUUGAAGUGUAACAACAGAAGAGAUUUUUGCCUCAGAAGUGGUCUUAUUAAAAUCAGCCAAAACAAAUAUGCACUCUCUUGUUCUUUUAUAAAAUCUACACCAAUGAAAGAACCUCCCAAGCAGGAGGAGGAGCUAAGUUCUGAUUUUAUCUUCUACCCUUUGGAAGAGGUUGAGACUGGCCCAUUAAAAGACUCGACAGAUGAGAAUUCAAAAAGGAAUAAGAAGAAGAAAUCUGACAUAAAGAAGCAUGAGGUCUUGUCCUCAGAUUCAGAUGAUAAUCCCUGUGAAGCUGAAGUGCACAUGUGCUGCUGCAAGGCAAAGAGCUGGCCAAGGGGAGGAUUCCCAGACAAUUUAUCUAAGGAGAACAGUUACAAGUACUCUUCAAGUUAUGGUCACCGGAUUAAAGCUUUCCCAAAGUGUCAAUGCCAGUCUAAAUCCCCACACAGCAAAAAAUCUGUUUAAGUUCUAGUUAACUAUUCUCUUCCUCUAGAAACAAUCUUUAGGACAGAUUCCAUUGAGCUGGUCCAUAAGUCACAUCUACCAUUUGCACUAGCUCCACUUCCUGCAGGCCCACUCAAAGCUCUGGGGCAAGACUGAAAAUAGCAAGGGAUUUACUGAUCAUUGUUCAAGACCAUUGUAACAACUCGACUUCUGGCCCUUGGUAGAAUGAGACAUUCUGGUUGGUUGGAACUGAAGUAAUACAUCUUGAUUCAUUUUCACAUGAAUCUUUUCAUGGUUUGUGGCCCAAACCGACUGAGAAACAAGCAAAAUCUUUUAAUUCACAUUUACUUUCCUAAACUCUUCUGCUUUAAACAAAACAAAACAAAACACCUUUUUGGCUCUUGCCUGAUCAUACUUUAUAUCCCAUUCUGUUUCCCAGGCCUUUUCUCUAGCUACACAGAUUUUCCCACAAAGUGAAACCCCUGGUCACACUGGGGGAACCUUCAUGCUCUGGGCUUUGGAGCUACUGUCUUUUAUUUUACCCAGAUUUGUGUCAACGGGUUUUUGAAGUUUUCUGGAAAUCGAUGCAUUGUUAACCCGGGUAGGGUUGGCUGCAACCAAGGUGUGAAAUUGCAUAUUGUAUAUCAUUUAUUUCGAUUUUUCGAAUUGUUAUCUCACACUAGAUACUGUCCUAUUUUCCACCAGGCUAAUAUUACCUGAUUUACUGGCACCUUGGAAUACUUCAGGGCUAUCCCUAAUUCUUCCUAUCAGUUGUCUGUUGCAUAAACCUCUCAUCAAAAGUACAGAACCAAAAUAAAAAUCUUAAAUUGGAAACAA